ACUCCCAUAAUGCAAGCGCUCUGCAACUCCAGCGCCGCCGAGGAAAAACCCAGGCCCCGAAAAGAAUAAAUCUUUAAAAAAAUUGGAAAAAUAGUUUUACAAAACAUCUGAGAGAAAAGGACCAAUAACCGAAUCGCGAAAGUUUUAAAGGACUGUGGUCAUGCAAAAUUGCCACUCACGUUCAACCGGUCCUCUGGCUCGUGUGGCUGGAUGAGACAGGGAGAAGAAGCACACAACUUUGGGCCUUACCCAAGAAUUACCCUGUGGAGACACGCACACAUACACACAAACACAUACAACAAAAUAAAACUCACACAAGUUCAGGGAUGCUCACCCAUAUCUAGUCUGAGCCUUAGCAGCUGAGUGAGUGACUCUGCUCUCUUUGCCCAGGCCCUAUUGGGUUGCUAUGGCAGCUGCUGCUGCAGAACCCCCCCAUCUAAUAGAAGCUCGUACUGGAAAGGGAGACAGGCGGACAGACCCUCACCUGGAGAGAAUACGAAACACUCCACUAGCAGCAUUCAGCAGCAUUCAACACCCUACUCUCCAUUAACGGUGCAGCCAAUGGUGUCAAGUUUGAAGGUGCUCUCUUAAAAUACCCCAUGAGUGUUUUGUCCGUCUGCUCAUGCUUAUGGCCCGUCGCCCUCUGCAGAAGACCCAGCGCCGUUGCCUCUGCUAGAGCAUGUUCCAACAGAAGGAGCACCUGAAGAGCCACCUGCAGGCCCACGACGCCAACAGGCAGGUGUUCCACUGCCAGGAGUGUGGCAAACAGUACAGCACUCAGUUGGGCUACCGGCGCCACCUGCUGGCCGCCCACGCCCCUGCCUCCAGCGCCACCAUCCCUGAAGAGCUCCAUUGCCAAGAGGGGGCGCCUGCCCUGCUGGAGCAGCUAGGGAGCCACACCGACAGGCUUCCGCCCCUGGAGGUCACCGCCACCGUCAGGGAGAGGAAGUAUUCGUGCGAGCGCUGCGACCGGCGCUUCUACACUCGCAAGGAUGUGCGGCGUCACGCGGUGGUGCACACGGGCCGCCGUGACUUUCUGUGCCCGCGCUGCGCCCAGCGAUUUGGUCGCAGGGACCAUCUAACGCGCCACCUGAAGAAGAGCCACAUCCAGGAGCCCACAACCACCACCCCCACACCAGCCCCCACCACACCUGGGCCCGUAAAGGAGGAGACAAGUCCGGUGCAAUGCGGCAAUGGACCCUCCUCCAAGGAGCAUGUAGAGGCCUUCCCCAUUGACAUGUACAGCAGUUACCCCCUGCAGACCAUGUCCAAUCCAGGCAUGGGCCACCAACACCACUCCCUCAUGCAGGGCUCCCUGCCCACAGCCAUGGGGGUGGGCCUCAACAUGCCAGGCCCUUCUCCCCAUCCCCACCACCACCUCCCCCAGCAGCAACAGCAGCCUUAUGGCCACAUGGCCAGGUAUCAGCAUGGAUCUACCUCAUAUCCCCGCACUGACAUGGAGAGCUUCCUAAUGGACCUGCAGAGCGGGCUUCCCCCACACCUGACCACAGCCUCCUCCUCUACCUCCUCCUCCGCCUCCCCUCAGAGGGAAGUGCUUUCAGAAACCCAGGGUGGCCCAGUGGCCGGGGACCCCCACCUUCUGUCCAGGAGCCCCGCUCUCUCCUCAGCCGAGCUGUCGUGCGCUGCUAACAUGGACCUGGGUCCUCUUCUGGGCUUCUUGCCGUUCAGCCUGCCUCCCUACAGUGCUCAUAUGAGUAUGGGAGGUCUGGUGAUGGGCUACCCGUCUACCUCCACCUCCACUGUGCCGCCCUCCUCCUCCAGCCCCCUACCCUAUCAGGCCCCAGGAGGUCUCACCUUCCUGCAGCCCCCACAACUUCACGCAUCCCAGGGCCCCGGAGCCCACAACCACAACAACAACCAGCUACCUCAGGGGUUCAGCAAUCCUGGAAUGAGCACUUCCACCUCCCUACCUCGCUACUACCAGACCUUUCAACAGUGAGCAGCCUGAUACCAUGUGACCCACGUGAUCCCAGCACCAGGCCAAGGGACACUCCAAAUAUUCUUGAAUAAAGCCUCCCAUAAAGGACGAGUGUCUAGAAAGUCUUGAAUAUACGAGUGAUACAUAUAGGCAUCCAAUGUGCUUGCAUUUAUUUUUUUUAAUGGAAAAAAAAUGGGAAUUGUAUUUUUUUAAUGAUGCUAAUUAAGCUUUCAGUAGCAAUAGUUUUUGUUAUGAUGAUGUUGAACACAAAGAACCACUUCAUCAGUAUUACCUCAUCCGAUAAUAAGAAACAUGAGCAGAAGGAGAAUAGAAAGUGUGUUUUAGCAACCAAAAUGUUGUUUUAUUGAAACCUGUUAGAAAUAGGCCAAAUGGUUGCACUUUGUUCAGAAAAGACCGCAUAAGGUCUAUACAAUGUGGAUAUAAGUGCUACAUGACACCUGCCACUCAUCUUGUUUUCCAAUAAUGUUAGUCACUUGUAUGACAAUGGUCAUGUUAGAUAUUUAACAGCAGUUUACGUAAAAGUGUACUUGUGUUAUCAUGUUCUGCUUAUUUAUACAAAAACUAGAGAUGUUUAAUUUUUAUGUUCCUUUAAAGCAGUUUCCCAAACCUCUAUCCAGGACCCCCAUUCCAAUUAUUUGGUCUGUUCCAGACAGUAUUAGCACACCUGAUUCAAGUAAUCAAGAGCUUGAUUAUUAGUUGACCAGUUCAAUCAACUGUGCUUGUUCUGGAAUAUACCAAAUAAGUGGAAUGGCAGGGGGUACUCGAGGAGAGGUUUGUCAAACACUGCUUUAGAGGGUGUUACUGAAAUGGGUUUCAUAUUACUGCAUAUCAUUGACUGUCUCCUUUAUUCAGUGAAAUGUUGCACCGAUGUCUUUAAAAAAUGCUACUGUUGUGCCUCUUGGGUGUCUACUCUAUUGACUGGGUUUAAGCACUUAAGACAUUAUGAAAGGAUAGAAUUGAUGUCUUAUGAAAUGUUUUGUUCCUUUUACCUCAACAACAUGCUCUCCUAGAUGAACAGAUUAAUACAGAACUCUGUCCUUUGGGGUUAGGGAAUAUCAUUUUCAUUUCUUUCCUAGUUACUUUGGCUCUAACUUGUGCCAUUAGAUCUAAAGUGAAAAUGUAGAUUUUAUUAAUCAAAUUGCUUGUUUUGUUUAGAUACAACAGACAGUGACAUUGAUUGACCCAUAAACUCUCUACCUCUAUCUUAUCCUAUUACAGUACCCGUUUCUUUCUUGGCGUGGAGGUAACUGUUAUGUAAAAAUUAACAAUCAGUAAGGAAUAACAUCUCUCCUCCUUGAACAUUGUUGUCUCUUUUACCAGUACUUAUGUAUUGUAUCCUUUCCUGAUAUGUAAAGAUCAGUUCCUUCACGCCCAUGAUGAUUGUAUACUUGUUGGCAGCGUUUUAGACAGACUACAUUGCAGACGCCUGCCAAAUCUCACAACACCUGGAUAGGUGUUAUAACAUAUCACCUAACCACAUCAUAUGAUAUAGCAAUCUGAGGCCCGACUGCACAGUCAAUUAAGUAGCACGCAACCAUUGGUUGAUGCAAUGCAACUGUCUGAAAUGUAGUCAGCCUGGAACGCGUCCUUUGACUACCUCAGAAAAGAGCAACUUGUAAUUGCAGAGAAAACAUUUGUGUAGAGUUUAUUUUUGUCAGUUCAACGAAUGCACACUUUAUAGUAAUAGAUUUGAAUUGAGGUUAGCUUAGCAUAUUGACGAAAGGAUGUUAUGCCCAAUAGUUAAGUUCCCAUCAUAUUGUAUUGAAUGAGGAUUCCAUUUAAUUCAAUUGCAUUGUUGCCUGUAGUAAAAUUAGCUGGAAGCGUUACUAGUAUGCAGGCAUCACAUCCUCGUUAGCUCUUAGGACAAGGCUCUAGCUGUUUGUUCCAUCACCCUAUAGAAGAAGAUACAAAACAAGAAUUGCUGAACUGCUCUUAUCAUAUUAUCUUUGAAGCAUUUUCUUAUUGUAUGAAUGUAAACAAUAAAGUACAUAUUAGAUUGGA